AUGAAUUUAUUAUAUGAUAUAGAUAUAAUCGAAGAUAUUAAUGAUUCUAAAAAAAUAAAAGAAUUAUAUCCAAAAAUAUUAUAUUUUUUGGGUGCAGCUUAUGCUAAUAAAAUUGAAAAAAAUGAUGAAAAUGCAUUUAAAUAUUUUUUAACUUCUGCUUAA